AUGCGAUCCUCUCCUCUGCGCACUGACCCUAUCAACCACCUACCGUGCCACCCCUCAUCUUCGCCCAUCUACCGUGCCACCCCUCAUCUCCGCCCAUCUACCGUGCCGCCCCUCAUCUCCGCCCACCUACCGUGCCACACCUCAUCUCCGCCCAUCUUUUCUCACUCCCCUUCACUCACCCCACUUCCCCGGGCCACCCCCGCAGCUGCGCGUCAUGUGUCUUCACCGCGUGCGGGCCAAUCGCGACCGUCUGCUCUGGGACAUGCGCGCGUCUGCUCCCCCCUCCGCCUCCGCGCACGCGCCCCUCGCUUCACAUUCCGCAAUCCACUCCCCGCUCCAACCGUCUCCUCCAUCCCCUCGCCCUCUUCCCUCGCCGCCCUCCACCCUCUCCUCUCCGGCCACUCGCACCCAGCCACGUCAGCAGCACUCGCGUGUCUGGGCGCAGAGCAGCGAGAGGAGACGGCUCGAGGGGGAUCGUGCUGGCAGGGGGGCGCGCGAGUGGGCAGCGAGGGCGGUGAGCGCGACGGGGAGGGUGAGCGUGAUGGGGGCGCGCGGGGGGACGAUCGGAUGGAAGGCGUGGCGAUGGGGGAGCGCGGGGAGGGGGAGGGCGCGGAGGAGUGUGGGAGAGCGGUGGCAGGGGCGGCAGGCUAUGGCAGCGUUUCUGCUGAGCGGGAUGAGGGGUCGAGCGGGGCGCGGUUGGAGUUGGCGCACGGCAUGGGCGCGGAGGGGCGAGGGGCGCGGCCAGAGCUGCGGAGAGUGCUGUUUGGGGAGCUGCAGCGGCUGCGGAACGGAUGCGAUGAUGUCAGCAGUGAUGGUGGUGGUGGUGGCAUGGGGCCCGGCAGAGCGCUGGAGCAGGAAAUGGAGUUGCGUAAUGCGAUGGCAGGGAGGGGCGAGCACAAAGUGCGGGCGUGGGAGCAUGAAUGGUCCUCGUGUGACCCGAUGCACGGUGGGGGCGACGAGGCACGGGAGAUGGGAGGCGGGGCGAGGGGGCGAGGCGAGUGGGACAGCGAUGAGGAGGCAGCAGGGCGGUGGGGGGAUGCGGACGGGGUGUUGCAGCUGAGUGCAGAGGAGUACGAGGCACUGCUGCUGGACAUGCAGAGAGCGCUCUAUGAGGAGGAGGAUGGGCACUUGGAGACACCAGUGCCGUCAGGCCAUCGGAGCAUGGAGGAGGAGGAGGCGUACCAGCAGGGCAUGGAGGAUGAAGAGAUCAUGGCCGCGCUCGCUUAUCAGCAGGAGGCAAUGGUGAUCUGCCCGCUGUGCAAGGCCCGUCCGCUGCACAUGCACGGCGCCACCAUUGAGUGCUCCUGUGGCCAUUUCUCCCUCCACACACACCACGACCACGUGACUCUGGAGCCUGGCAGCGCGGCUGCAGGAGGUGCCAUUCAUUGCCAGCAAUUACCCCUGCUCCCUCUCCCCACACCCAUGCCCUCAUACCUGCCCACGCCCCGCUGUGCAGGUGACUUUGGAGCAUCUGGCAGCGCGGCUGCAGGAGGUGACGUGGCAGCAUGCUGUGGGCUGCCCUGCGCUGCCCUCCUUCACACUCCACAGGAGCCAUGGCGUCACAGCCCUUCUUGCACACUGCCAUGCAUGCCCCUUAUUUGA